CGAAGAUUAGUACGGUUGUAAGUGUUUUGACUUGAGAAAAGAACACGAGGCUGAACCUGGAAAUUCCGCGUGGAACUCAAAUUUAUGGAAAAUCUUCACCAUAAAUUCCCGCUGCUGGUUUUCUCUUUCUAGACAGACUUGUAGUUGUGUCCUGGGUUCGUUCGGCCAAGAGAAAGAUGGCGUCGUCUUCGAGCUUCUCCGGCAAGCUAUUUGUCUUCCUUGCCCUAAUAAUCUUCACAGCCGUCUUCGUACUGGCUGAUGAGCAGCAGAUCCAAGUUGAGGAUUUGGGAUCUGUUGCUUCCGAUGAUGCGUCUCUCAGGAUCGAACUCGACAACCUUAACUCUAAGAUUCGUGAACUUGAACCUCUUGUAGAGGAGAAAACUCACGAAUUGAGAAGCAAGGAUGAUGUAAUAGGAGAGAAGGAGAAGAUCAUUCAUGAAAAUUUGGAUACAAUUGCUCUGUUGCAAAGCGAGAUUGCAUCCCUCAAGGAGAAGGGAAUGUUAGAUGCUGACGAGAAAUUGGGACAGGUCUAUACCCGUGCUGAUGAACUAGAGAAACAGGUUGAUCAUCUUAAGAAGAAAAUUGAAGCAAAAGACAAGGAAGCAGAAGCUCUUAAUUCCCAAAAUGAGGAAAUCAAGACCAAAAUUCUAGAAUUAAAUUCAAAACUUGAGAGUCUUCAAGAAACUAUUGAGAAACAGAAAGUGCAAUUUCACAAAACUGAAAGAGCACUUAGACAUGCUGAGGAAGAACUGAUAAAUGCUAAAUCUGAAGCCACAUCAAGGACCAAAGCGCUUCUGGAGGUUCAUGGGGCUUGGCUUCCUCCUUGGAUUGAGGCUCACCUUAUCCAUUAUCAGGCAUUGGUUGAGAAACAUUGGCAACAACAUGGGAAACCUGUUCUACGAAACACCCUAGAUAAGGCAGCUGAGAAGAAAUCACAAGCUCUUAAGUGGACGAAACCUCAUAUCGAAACAAUUAGAACACAAUGGAUACCAGUUGCAAAGGAACAAUGUAUAGUUUUUGUGGAGUCUAUCAAACCGCAUUUGCAUUCACUAAACGCCAAAACCGACGAGAUCUAUGAAAUAACCAAGAUUACUCUGACUCCUCAUAUUAUCAAAGCACAAGAAAUUGUAGAUCCUUACUAUAAGGAAGUGAAGAAGUUUAGCAAGCCAUACAUUGAACAAGUAGCUACUGUGGCAAAGCCUCAUGUUGAGAAAGUACGGGGUUCUUUAAAGCCAUACACAGAGAAAGCAAUUCAAUCUUAUGAAGGGCUUCUUAAAUCCGCCUCUAUCUAUCAUCAGCAGGUACAAACCAUAGUUCAAGAAAAACUGCAGGAGCAUGAGCUGACAAGUUCACUUGCCACAAAGGAGUUUGUCUGGUUUGCUGCCUCAGCUCUGUUGGCCUUACCUAUCAUAAUCCUGUUGAGAGUUUGUUCUGCAGUUCUUUGCAAAAAGACAAAGAAAGUAGGUGGAAAAAGUCAUGCAAGCCAUGCACGGCGCAGAGCAAAGCGUGGUCAUUCAGACAAGUAGAGCCUCAAAUGCUGAAAAUUUGAGGGCGUUUUGGUGCAGUUGAGGUGGACUCCGGUUGGGCUUGUAUCCUAUCGUUGUUGACUGGAGGCAUAUCAUUUUUGAGCUGCAGCCUUGUUUAAUUAUUUUAUGUGGUUGCAUCAAAGUUGGUCUUUAAUCAUAUAUGGGUCAUGUAUGUAUUCAAUGGUUUCAGUUUUACUUUUUACUACGCACCUUGAGUGAGGAUGUUCUUUUCUAUUUGUUGUUGAAGUAUAACUUAGAAAAAUACAGACUAGUUUGUUCAAUAUGUUAAAAUGUUUUGCUGUUGUUUAUUAAGUCUGCUAUUAAUUUAUCUUUACACGGUUCAAUUUGAUCCUCUA